GGAGAGAUUACUGUCCGUUAGCAGUAUCCUGUGUGUAGCGCAACAUGGAGCGGAUUUAUUAUAUUAUAGUGGCGUUACUCGUAUAUUCGGCAGUACUGACGGAGGCCUCUUCACUGAAACACCGCCUGCAGCAAAUCCGAGACGCUGGCUGCAGUGAACCUGGCCAGAUCAUCUGCACUGACAAUUGUUCCAAGGUGUCGGUGUGCCUGGGAGAUGGCUCGAGCGCCACGGACGGCUUCACGACCAUGCCUGUGGAGAUCUGCAGCAGUGGCACCAGGUGUAGCGCGUCCAACAUGACGUGCGUCGCACCGUCACAGUCUGACUGCCACACGCUGGACAGCGGCUUCAUGUGCCACGCCACCGGAUACCUUCCAGACCCGUACAACUGCACCGUCUACCACCUGUGCCUCGACGUCAACCGCCCUCCCUUCCUCACUGGUAGCUGCACUGAGGGCUGGGCGUACGACCCUCUCACCACUGACUGCAGCCUGACGCAGCUGGACCGCGUCUGCACCGAGGGCCCGGUGCCGGCCUGCGAGACGGUGGGCCAGAACGGCGCCAUCCCGGAGAACCAGCACAUCUACUACGUCUGCGUCAACACGGGCGGACACCUCAGACCCAUCCUGUACAAGUGCGAGCACGGCCAGAUCUGGAGCGACACCAGCGACGAGUGUAUCGACAGUGCUCUCUUCAAGGAAAACUAGAGACGGCAGGGAUGUGUAACUGGCAUUGAGGAGGUGAUACUCAACAAGUUUCGUCGCUUCCCUCGAACUACAGCGCCUUCCCUCUUAUGAAUAAUUGCCCGUAGCGUAUAACUUAGUCAUUUACGGAAUCGUAUGGAGUGCACCUGCAAUGUGGAAUAAGCAACUAACUAAUAAAAAAGCAGAACUACAAACAACGACUCAUUGACGAUAGAGGCCACUGACCAAAUAAUUUCGACUCCGCGGAUUUAUGAAAAGCAUAGUCAAGUUCCAAUUCAUUUUCCAAUAAACAACUGCAUUUGGAAAUGGGUUGAGGAAUAAUUGGCUUCCAUCGCAUCAAAUUUUGAUUCUUAAUGUCGACACACUUCGCCGGUAUUUCUGAAAUAUAUACAGACCGUUACCCACAGGAGUAAUAUCUGCUCAUUUGACAUUAAAUUUUAGAAUAUUUCUGCGCCAGACAUAGAAUUAUAGAUAGAUUGGUAAAGCUAGUCGAUUUGCAUCCCCAGUUAGAUACUGUAAUUGAAUACAUUGGAUAAUUUAAUCGCAAAAAGGAUAUUGCAGUUUAAGGUCCAAAACAUCCUUCCCUAUGAUCGACAGAGUAUCGUGCCUCAGUUGCUCAAGUAUCUAGCAGUAAGAAAGCGGCUGUUUGCCACGGUAUAGGGCCGUUUGCUUUACCACUCGUAACUAAAAUUUAUAGUAAUAGAUAGCAGUGAUGGUAUCUCUACAGUCAGGCAUAUGACUACACAUAUUUUUCAUGUAAUCUCUUUUCUGGGACAGCACACUGCGCUACCAGCGACCCUGUAGUUCGCCGUGGGACAAUAUCUACGCAAAUUACCGUUAACGACGAAUUACUAAUAAUACGUGUACCAAGAAUAAAUGUAAUAAAAGUUAUAUGUUAAA